AUGAAGACUAUCAAUCUUACAACAAAAGCUAAACUAAAACAUUUUUCAUCCCGGCGUGAUGUGUUUAACAACACGUUCGUCACUGCGCUUGCUUAUGCAACUAGCAGCAAUCCAUACUCAGUGGCAGUCGUCGACGUCAAUAAUGACAACAAACCCGAUAUAGUCACCGCUAACUAUGGUGCAAGUACUGUCAGUGUUCUUCUUAAUACAGGUAAUGGAACCUUUUCCGCUCAAACUACUUAUGCAACUGGCACUAGUCCACAAUCAGUGGCAGUCGUCGAUGUUAAUAAUGACAACAAACCCGAUAUAGUCACUGCUAACUUCGGUACAAGUACUGUCAGUGUUCUUUUUAAUACAGGUACUGGCACCUUUUCUUCUCAGGCUACUUAUGCAAUUGGCACUAAUUCAUACUCAGUGGCAGUCGUCGAUAUCAAUAAUGACAACAGACCCGAUAUAGUCACCGCUAACUGUGGUGGAAACAAUGUUAGUGUUCUUCUUAAUAUUGGCAAUGGAACCUUUUCCGCUCAAACUACUUAUGCAACUGGCACUCAACCAUUCUCAGUGGCAGUCGUCGAUGUCAAUAAUGACAACAAACCCGAUAUAGUCACCGCUAACUAUGGUGGAAACAAUGUUGGUGUUCUUCUUAAUACUGGCAAUGGAACCUUUUCCGCUCAAAUUACUUAUGCAAGUGGCACUAGUCCACGAUCAGUGGCAGUCGUCGAUGUCAAUAAUGACAACAAACCCGAUAUAGUCACCGCUAACUAUGGGGCAAACGGUGUUGGGGUUAACGUACACUGCUAA